AUGCGGGGAUUCCUCUCUGGGCUGAGCACUGCCGCUCUUCUCUUCUCCUCUACCCACGCCCUUCAGUUCACCCCCGACUCUGAGUGUGCGGCUCUCUGCUCUGUCGGAUCCAACUCUACCUCAUCAGACUCGAGCCUCUCAAAAACAAACUCUUCCGAUAUCGUGUGCAAGGACGACGAGUUUUCUUCAUCAGGGAAGGGCAUCUUGUUCAAGAACUGCCUCAAUUGUCUUCAGAAGAGCGAUGCUACCUGGGAGAAGGAGAGCGAUGUGUUCUGGUUCCUGUACAACAUUCGCUAUGCCUUUGACGUCUGCCUCUACUCUUACCCCGAUGCGGUAGCGUCUGGCACCAUCAACUCCCCCUGUAACAUCGAUGGUGCAUGUGCACCUCUUGAGGAUGCCCUGGAGACUUCGUUGUUGAAGGCCAACAAAGACAACCAGUUCGACUACUGCAAGGCUGAGAACUCCAUCAUUGAGAGUGCCAGCUACAAGGACUGCAUCAGCUGUCUCAAGUCAACCUCCAGUCAGAAGUAUCUCGCCAACUUUCUGAUUGCCUUGAAGGCUGGCUGCAAGCAACGACCCGACCAAGGAGACUUGAUUGGUCUCAGCGGGACUAUCUUUACAGCGUCAACUGUCAACAUUACUGACCCCAACACCGACGAGUCGCUUCCUGGUGAUGGAGGAGCCCCUGUUGGUGCCAUGACCACCGGCACCAUCGUCGGUAUCGCAGUGGGAUGCGGUCUUGCCUUGGCCGGUUUUCUUUGCAUCAUGUUCAUCUACUGUCGUCGAUCUCGACGCCAAGCAGCAGCUAUCAAGAUUGAGACUCCUGAGCCUGACCGACAGAUGCAUGACCACCCCGGCUACGGUAUCGGUAUCCAGAAGUCUUCAUACUUUGUUCAUGGUCACAAGCGACACCCAACAGGCCACAGCCACCAUAGCCAUCAUAGCUUCGGCCACGGCCAUACAAACUCCCUCGGUUUGACCAACGCCCAGUACUACGACUCCGUCGACCAAGAGAGGCGAGGAGCCGGAGCGAACGUCAACUACCACUACGCACCGCACUCGAAGAGCAACGGGCCUAACGCCGCCCUUCCCACACAUCCCGCCUACAUGCCUCGAGUUGUUAGCCGCACCCCCGAUGGCCACCUCCCACCUCCUCCUCCUCGCCAGGGCGCAAAGCCCAACGUCCCCGACUCGUACGCCCUCCAGACCUACCUCAACGCGGCCGAGGAUUCCAGCGUCGACCCCAAGCGCGUCGCAGAAGCUGCCGCCAGCAGCCUACCGAGCUCUCGCGUCGGGAGCCGCAACCCUUCUCCCGCUCCACUGUCGCCCGACUUCCAGCCAGCACAGCCAGUCCCCGCUCCCGAGGCACCCAAGUCCAAGACCUUCUCGUCCCUGUCCAAGCUCGUGAUCCCAAAGAAGAACAGCCCGCCUCCCCAAGUCCAGGUGGUGGGACCUACACCAACCUCUCCUUUGGAAGAGCUGAAGCGCGUGAUGAGGAUAUCCAAGCCCAUCACCUCGCUGGACCCGAGAUUCCAGGAUCGGCCACUGGGAGGAGGACAAGUGCUGGCAACUGAGCCGCCGGCCAGUUUCGGUACUGAACCCGCGCAGAGGCCAGGAGGGAACUCAUCACCUCUGCCUACCAGCAACAGCCACAUCUAUGGUUGA